GGUUUCUGAGCUUUUCUUGUUUUUGUCUUCUUUUUUUUUUUCAUAUGGGUUUCUCUGGUUUUUGAGUUUUCUUGCUUUUUUACUGCGUUUCAGUUCAAAUUGGUCUAUACCCACAAGAAAUUUUGUCCCCCUUUUGGUGUAAAGCUACCAGUUCCCACUUUUCUUUGACUUUUCUCUGUUCCAUUUUCCCAUGUUAGUUCCAAUUUUCUAUUUUCUUUGCUUUUCCCAUGCUUAUCCUAAUUUGGUUCCUUUUUCAGCUGCAGAAAGUUGGUAUUUUUCCUUUUAGGGUGUUAAAAUAAAAUAUCAAAAUCUUGUUUUUUAACCCUCUUGAGGUGUUUUUAAUACAAAAAGUUACAAGAUUUUUGCUUUAAGAAAAAUGCUGAAGUGUUUUUAUAUAUUCAAGGAUAAAUCGAGGCCCCGUAGGAGAGGGGAAUCAGCACCAGAAUUGAGUAAUGAAAGUAGGAGAGAUGGUAAUUCAGGAAACAGGGCAACUAGGUCUACAGGUUCAGUUUCAUCUCCUCGAACUAUACCGGAAAUGUAUAGAGAAAGAGAGCAAAAUUUGAGGGUUUUUUCUCUCUCAGAACUUAAGGAGGCUACAAGGAAUUUCAAUAGAAUGUUAAAGAUUGGGGAAGGUGGUUUUGGGAGUGUAUAUAAAGGUUCAAUUCUGCCUUCUAAUGGGAAGGGUGAUCCUAUUGUGGUUGCUGUUAAGAAACUCAACACAAUGGGAUUGCAGGGCCACCGACAAUGGAUUGCAGAAGUUCAAUUCCUUGGUGUCUUGGAGCACCCUAAUCUUGUUAAACUUCUAGGAUAUUGCGCUACAGAUGGGGAAAGAGGGAUUCAGCGCCUGUUGGUUUAUGAAUACAUGCAAAAUAGGAGCUUAGAGGAUCAUCUUUUCAACAAAGCUGUACCUGUAGUUCCUUGGAGAACAAGAUUGAAAAUUAUUCUUGGUGCCGCGCAAGGAAUGGCUUAUUUGCAUGAGGGACUAGAAGUCCAGGUGAUAUAUCGAGAUUUCAAGUCAUCAAACGUGCUUCUGGAUGAGAAUUUUAACGCGAGGCUUUCAGAUUUUGGGCUUGCAAGGGAAGGGCCAGCUGGUGACCACUCUCAUGUGUCUACAGCGCCGGUGGGGACUUUAGGAUAUGCUGCCCCUGAAUAUGUUGAAACUGGACAUCUAUCAGUUAAGAGCGAUGUAUGGAGCUUUGGAGUUGUCCUCUAUGAAAUCCUUACAGGCAGGCGAACUUUGGAAAGGAGCCGUCCUGUGAUUGAGCAGAAGCUUCUUGAUUGGGUAAAACAAUUUCCUGCUGAUAGUAGAAGGUUUAGCAUGAUAAUUGACUCGAGGCUUCGAAAUGACUUCUCACUUAUUGCUGCUAAGAGAAUUGCAAAACUGGCUGAUAUCUGCUUAAACAAGAACGCCAAAGAGCGGCCAAAAAUGAGCGAAGUAGUUGAGAUACUGACACAGGCAGUACAAGAAUCACAAGAAACAACUUCUAUUAAAGCUACUGGUGCAGGUCCUUCUAGGCCUACACAACUUCCCUCACCUAAACAACUCAAAAAGAAGACCAUCGCUGAAACUGCAAGACCAAUGGGCACCUUAGCUCAGGUUUGAAUGCUCAACACGUCGCGGAUCAAACUUAUUUCAGUCUCAGAAUUGAGAUCCUUAUGCACGAAAUGAGUAAAUUUUUUCUAUAAUAUAUAUAUGUUAAGUAAUAUUCUUUGGCACAGGAAAUGGUUUCUUCACAUGUCCUAUUAGUUCUUUUUGAUAAAGUAUGUUUACACUAGGGAGAGUAUGGCAAAAGGAAGGAAGUUUUCUUUUCUAUUAUAAGUAAUACAAGUACUUGUAAACUCCAUAGUUAGGAUUUGUACUCACUAGUGUUUGUUUGUGUAAAUAAAUCAUUUGUAUUCCAAGUUAUCAAAGUAACAAAUUUUGUGCCUCUUUA